AUGACAGCACUCUUCCCCUGGUGCUGCAAGCCAUGGACGGCAGAGAAGGCAAGCGCAGACUCUGCUACCGAGUACGUGCGCUCCCUGCCACUAAGCUCCUCCGGGCACUUCCCAGUCUUUUCUGUGCAGGAGCGCUACCCAGAGGAUGUGCAGGCACCCUCACACAGCCGGACGCUGGAGCCCUGCAGGGCCGGCAUGGCCGCACGGUCCAUGGCGCCCAACGCGGACGUCUUGGAGAAGGCGCGGCUGCAGCGCGCAGUGAAGAACUUCGCGCAGGUGGUCACGCAGGGCAUGGCAGUGGAGCUUUUGGACGAGGACACCGGGGCCGUAAUUCUGGCCACGCUGGUCAUGGACCGGUGCCUGCGGCUCAUCACACUGAAGCUGCCGAACGAGGAGCGCCGCUACGCCAUGCAGGACAUGAUCGCCAUUUUUCGGGAUAAGGAGUUCACAUCCCUGGUGCCUAGCCUUUCUCACCUGGCUCCCCGAUGCCUGGCAGUGGAUUUCAGCAAGGAUGAGAAUUUCCGGCUGUGCUUCCAGUUUCAGGACUCGGAGGGCCGGGACAACUUCUACAGCUGCCUAAAGAUCUUGCGCAUGUCAUUGGACACCGCCGCGCCGCCUGACGACGACGCCUGA